AUGCCUGUGCAUAAAGUGCUCUUUUGGAGCGGGUUCGGCAUUGCCGUCCGUCUCUGGCAACUCGGUAUCGAAAUGCGCCCAUUUUUCAACAGAGAAUCCUUAUGGGUAUAUCCCCUCUUUGCUACCGUUGGCGGAAGCUUUGGAUACUGGCUGGAGGGUGUUGAAUCGCGACAAUUGAAGAUGCUUGCAGACAGAAAAGAGAUGCUAUUGGAAAAGCGACGGCGAAGAGCCGAAAGAGAAGCGGCCGAGGUCGGCUUGAGCAAGGUAGAAGAGGGUGGACUGCUGGCAAGCACGUCGUGA